UGUUAGUUCUAUAAUGCGUAUAACCCGGAAGGAGAAAUAUAAGAACUUCCUAAAUGGUGGAUCCACGUGUUGAGACUGUAGAAGAACAACAGUAGUCCGGGGGAAAAAAUGACACAAUUGGACGGGAUCGUAAAACCAAAAACAAAACGCUCAAAAAGAUUUCUCCAAAGCAGAGAGCCAAAGCUUGUUGAAAAUAUUAAAAAUGCCAUGCUUAUUAAGGGAGGAAAUACAAGCCAAGUGGUGACUCAGGCCCUAAAAGACAUUCAUUCCUUAAAGAAGCCAAAUGCAGUGUUAUACAAAAAAAAAAAUAUAACUAGGCCCUUUGAAGAUCAGACAUCUCUUGAAUUCUUUUCAAAGAAGUCUGAUUGCUCUUUGUUUGUGUUUGGAUCCCACAACAAGAAAAGGCCGAACAAUCUUGUUUUUGGUCGUAUGUUUGAUUUCCACGUUCUUGACAUGUUUGAGUUGGGAAUUGAAAACUAUCUCUCUUUGGAAGACUUCAAGAAUGCUAAAUUUCCUGAAGGAACAAAGCCAAUGCUGAUAUUUGCAGGAGAUCUAUUUGAUACUGACAAUGAGCACAGAAGAUUAAAAAGUCUGCUAGUAGAUUUCUUCAGAGGACCAACAGUGCCUUGUGUUCGUUUGUCUGGACUGGAGCACGUUUUGCACUUUACAGCACUGGAUGGAAAAAUCUUUUUAAGAAGUUAUAGGGUUUUGUUAAAGAAAUCAGGAUGUCGUACACCAAGGAUAGAGCUUGAAGAAAUUGGCCCAUCAUUUGACUUCAGUUUACGUCGUGUUCAUUUAGCAUCAGAUGAUUUAUAUAAGAAGGCACACAAACAACCUAAACAGCUGAAGCCAAAGAAGAAGAAGAAUAUUUCCCAUGAUGCCUUUGGAACAAAAUAUGGACGGUUACACAUGCAGAAACAGGAUCUGAGCAAAUUACAAACAAGAAAAAUGAAAGGAUUAAGAAAACGUCGUGGAGAAGUCACAGAAGAAGAGCAUGGCUCACCAAAAAAGGCAAAAUCAGACUAAAAACUGUUACUUUAAUGGGACUUUAUUGACGAGCAGUACUUUUUUUGCCUGCCAGUGAAUGGUGACAAAAAGAGGAUCAAAACGGCUUAGAUCACAGCCAACAAAAAUGUGCUUCUCCCAUCUGUUUUGAUUAUGGCGUGUCUAUGAUGAUGCUUUACGCUGAUAUGUAAAAACAACCAACAAAUGCUAUUUUCUAGAAUCCUAAUCUGAAAGAAAAUAAACAAUUUAUUUUA